AUGGCUAUGUCAAAUUGUAAAAAUAUAGAGGAAAACAAUAUCAGUUUUAAUAAGGACAACGAAGAUGAAAUGGAUAAUGAUUUUUUUAAAAAAAAAAAAAAAGAAAGUGAUAACUCAAAAUUUGACAAUAAUAAUAAAAAUAUAAAUUUAUUUAUUAAUGAACAAGAUAAGGAAGUUUAUUGUUCAGAAUCAAAUGGAAACACCGAUAUGUGUAUUAAUAGUUAUAAUCUAGAAUACACAAAUGAAUUAACAUCAUGCUAUAAAACUUCCGAAAAUAAUACAUUUUUAAUCAAUAACCAAGAAAGAGAAAAUACACAUUUAGAAAUGGAAAAAAACAAUAUUAAUGACAUAAACAAUUUAAAUAUAUAUAAAAAUGAAUUAGAUAAUAGGAUUAAAAGAAAAAAUAAUCCUCUAAAACAAAAUAAAGAAAAUAAAAAAAUUAAAAAAAAUUUUAACAAUGAAAUAAGACCUAUAUUAAAUGAUUCAAAUAUUCAAAAUAACUCUGGUUUUGUGUAUGAUAUAAAUAAAACUAAUAAUACUACUAUAUCAGAUACAAAAUGUGAUAAUUUCAAUGAAAGCAUAAAAAAAGAUGUUAUCGAAAAUAAAGCAAUUUUAGUAGAGGAGGCCCUGAAGGACUACCCCAGAAUAUUCGUAACGAGACUGCCAUUUGAAGUAAACAAAAAAGACCUUGAAAAAUAUUUUUCAAAAUAUGGUAAAAUUAUAGAUAUAUACGUUUCGAAAAACCUAUCAAACAAUAAAAAUAAGGGAUUCGGAUUUGUUUCUUUUGAGAAUCAAAUUUCUAUGGACAAAGCACUCAGUGAAAAACUACAUAUCAUUUGUGGGAAAGAAAUAGUUGUUGAUAUUGCAUCAAUGAGGGAUUCAAAAUCUAAACAUUUUUUUUAUCAUCCAUCUGACCAUUAUUUGUCAAAGGGUUCAAAAAAUGAAAAAAAAUAUACAAAAAAAAUUCAAAAUAAUAAUACAAAUUUUAAUCCAUAUCUAAAUAUACAAAAUAAUAUUAACACAAGAGAUAUUUCACAAAAUAUGAGAAAUGAUUUUUUCAUGAACAAUUAUUAUAAUAUAUACUCUAACAAUAAUGAUAAUACAUCAAUUAAUUUAUUAAAUCAUAAACCUAUUUUUAAAAAUAAUAAUAUUCCAAUUCCAUAUUUUCCACCAUUUGGAUAUAAUACUGACCCAAAAUAUUUAAAUCAAUUGCCAUAUUCAAAUUUCACAGAUUAUGCUACUCCUGAUUAUUACUGGAAUCAUACACAACCAUAUAAUUGGAAUAACUCAUAUUUAAAUAAUGAAAAUAUUUAUAAUUCGAAAAAUAUGGAAUAUCCCUACUAUUUUUCCAAUCCUCAAUAUAUAAAUCAAGGCGCCACUAUUUUGAAAAACAAAAUGACUAACCAAAAUACAAUGUUUGAACAAACUAAAUUAACAUAUCCUACUAAUAUGCCAACAUAUAGAGGGUACAGAAAUAAUCAUCCAUCAUUUAUUCGUAAGCCUGGUGGCGAAGAAUGGAACAAACGGGCAUAUAAAUUAUUUGUCACAAAAUUAAAUAGUAUAACUACUAUUGAGACCCUUCGAAAUUAUUUCGAAAGUUAUGGAGAAAUCAUAGAUAUAUAUAUGCCAAAUGACGUAUCUACGAACAAGCCCCGAGGGAUAGCUUUCGUUACAUUCCUAGACAGUGAAUGUGUUAAGAAAAUAUUGUCAAAUAAAAAUUAUAAACAUAUUAUUGAUGGAAAAGAAGUAGUUGUUGAUUUAGCAGAUCCAGAAACAAAAAGCAAAAAAAAUUUAUGUUACUCUUGA